AAACUGCAGACACACUGCUGUCUCCAAACUGCCUGGGGAGGGAUGUGCUGAAGUGUCAGAAUGAAAAUCCAGCUUCUCUUGAUCUCCUUCCUCUGCCUUCUUUCCAAGGUGUACAUGCAGCGUUGCCAAACUCCAUGCUAUUGCCCCUGGCUUCCUCCUCGUUGCCCUCCUGGCUCUCCCUUAGUUCUUGAUGGCUGUGGCUGCUGCAACAUAUGUGCCCGCAGGCUAGGAGAGCCUUGCAACUUCCUAAAUGUGUGUGAUCAGAGCCAGGGGCUUAUCUGUGACUACAGUGCUGCCCCAAUGGGGAGAGGAGGAAUCUGCAAUUAUGAAGAGGCUGAUGAUGAUAACUGUGAACUGAAUGGGAGGCUCUAUCAAGAUGGGGAAGUGUUCCAGCCAAGCUGUAAACUCCAGUGCCGCUGCUCAGGAGGAGGUUUCACCUGUGUUCCCCUUUGCAGUGAGGAUGUUCGCCUCCCUAGUCCAGACUGUCCACACCCAAGACGUGUGACGAUUCCAGGAAAGUGUUGCCAGGAAUGGAUUUGUGAAAGACAAGAGAGACAAAUCUUGCAAGAUAGCAUGGCAGCACAAAGACUGCCUGGGGUAGCAUCAGUGGCUUUCCCCAGUCCAUGUGAAGAGUGGAGCACAGAGUGGUCUGCCUGUUCUACUAGCUGCGGUGUCGGAAUUUCCAUACGGGUUUCUAACCAGAAUCCAUACUGUAGGCUUGAAACUCAGAGGCGCUUAUGCAUCCUGGGACCUUGCCAAAGUCUAAUGGGAAUACCCAACAUGAGAGGAAGAAGAAACCACCUAUAAAGUGGCCCGGUCCAUUCAGAAGCUGAUGUUUUGGAACUGUCCCAGCAGCUAGAUCACCGCAGGUCCAAGUGCUGUCAUUUCUGUGAUAACAACAGAACCACUCCGGAACAGAGAAAAGAAAAUGACUGGCUUCAAAUGGGAAGAAAUCAGAAACAAGAGUGACCCCUUGUCACAGCUGAUGCCUGUCUUCCUUCUUAAUCAUACUGCCAUUAACCUAGACAAAUGUUAUAGUUCAGUGAGAGAAACCCGACCAUAUGUUUUAAUACUUUGCAGAUACUGAAGUGUUUAUUGCCAGCUUGUGGCUACAAUUAUAAGUCCAUCCACUGGUAGAAUGGAGCUUUGCAGCUGAGCUACAGUAAUUCAAAUAACCAUGUCCUGUCAUUCUCUCUGCACUGUCUCUUUGGAUUUGACAUGUGAAGCAGCCACCAUUGAUCAAAACAGGCUGUCAUUGUUAGAAUAAAUACAUAAAUGUAGUGUCUGAGUAUGGGUUGGCCAGGGUUAGUUCAAGUGGCUUAUAGGACAAAUCUAAUAGCCUUGAAGACAUGCAGCAAUACAACAGAAACUGAGACAUCAUGUACAGUACAAAAAUCUAAAAAAAGAAAAGAUAAUAAAUUUGUGGAUCAUAAUAAAGCUAUCUGUGGAUCAAAUGUAAUUUGACAAAGUGAAGUGAGUUUAUAAUUGUUUACUAGUCUAUAGUAAAGUUCAAGUUAUUCUUCAAGCCUUAUCUAUCACAGUCAAAGGCUUUCAUGGCUGGCAU